AUAAGCAAGCAUCAUAAAUCACUUGUGUAGAUUACUUUAAUUGUCUCUUGUGGGGAAAGUAACAUUAACGUAGGAAGAACAAAGAAAUGGUCGGAGUUGGGAGCGAUGUUCAUCGGGAUAUUAUUUCAACGCGUCUUACUGUUCACGUGCCCACGGUCUGCGUGACCGGAGCGUCUGGGUUCAUCGGGUCAUGGCUAGUCAUGCGCCUUCUUCAACGAGGCUACCAUGUUCAUGCAACCGUUAGGGAUCCCGGAAACGCAAAAAAGGUGAAGCAUUUGUUAGAACUGUCGAAAGCCGACGUGAACUUAACACUGUGGAAAGGGUUGUUGGAGGAAGAGGGAAGCUUUGAUGAAGCUAUUGCAGGUUGUGAAGGUGUGUUUCAUGUGGCCACCCCUAUGGAUUUUGAGUCCAAAGAUCCAGAGAAUGAGGUAAUUAAGCCAACAAUUAAGGGAAUGGUGAGCAUCAUAAACUCUUGUGUGAAAGCAAAGACGGUGAAGAGGCUAGUUUUCACUUCUUCAGCCGGAACUCUCAACGUCCAGGAAACACAAAAACCGAUCUACGACGAGAGCAAUUGGAGUGACUUGGAUUUCAUAUACAACAAGAAAAUGACUGGAUGGAUGUACUUUGUGUCAAAGACACUUGCAGAGAAGGAAGCAUGGAAGGUUGCCAAAGAAAAGAAAAUUGAUUUCAUCAGUAUUAUACCCCCACUUGUGGUUGGCAAAUUUAUCACCCCAACAUUUCCUCCCAGCCUCAUCACUGCACUCUCACCAAUAACGGGGAAUGAACCACACUACUCUAUAAUAAAGCAAGGGCAGUUUGUGCAUCUGGAUGAUCUGUGCGAGGCUCACAUAUUUUUGUAUGAAAAUCCCAAAGCAGAGGGGAGAUUCAUCUGUUCUUCUCAUCAUACCACCAUUCACGGUUUAUCAAAGAUGCUCAGAAAGAAUUGGCCCGAAUACUACAUCCCUUCUGAGUUUAAGGGCAUUCAAAAGGACUUGCCAGUGGUGUCCUUUUCAUCCAAGAAGUUGCUAGACUUGGGGUUUGAAUUCAAGUACACUCUUGAGGACAUGUUCAGAGGAGCCAUAGAUAACCUGCGGAAGAGGGAAUUGCUUCCCCACUCUAUUAAGGAACCCUCCCCCACUGUAAAACAGCAGGAGAUAAUAGUGCCCUUAAAACUGGAAAGGAAUGAAAACACUAUUGACAAGCAGAACGGAUUGGCUGAUAAUUCUGUCCAUGGAAAAAUCCAAGUUGCCUGACUACGUACGUAUUCAUAGGGCUGGAGAAAAUAAUUAUUUAAUUUUCAUUUAAUAUAUCCCAUUUCUAAUUAAAUAAUAAAUUUAGUGGAUAAAUAAUACUACCUUGCUAUAUAUUGGUCUAUGUAGUUCGGAUUGCUUUUCAUGUUGUUGGGCAGAUAUUUUAUUUUGUACUAGUUUGUAGUAGUCAUUGGAAUUGUUUCACAUGUACUCGUAUAUAGUAUACAUAUUAUACAGUUAUACUACACUAUCGUAUUAUUUUAAUAUUGUAAUAAAAAUAAUAAUGGCUAUAAGGAGCGAAUUGAGAGGAUUCAACAUGGAAUGAAUCUUCCGUGUCUGUAUGAAGUUCGGAAUGAUUUGAUUUGAGCUUAACGUGUGUGAAAAUGAUGAUUGAUCAAUCAAUACCACAUGGAAUAUGCAUGUCUACAAAAAUUCGGGGUCUCAAGCUAGGGUGCAUGGCCGAGGGCUACCGUCAGAUCGAGAGCUCAACGACCGGAGAUUAUUGGGGUCCACCUUUUUGCGUAUCUCGAGGUGCUCUUCUUCUUCCUGUCCAGCCGUCCUCUGCGAAGGCACCCUCCUAGUCGGGCAGAGGAUCUCAAUCCCUACAAAAGAACUAGAACAAAUUGUAAUGCUUUUAGCAUUGAUGUUCAUUCUCCUCCUUCAUGUAUCUCUCACAAUAAAAUUUUAUUCAAUUCUUCCACUUCAAUCAAAACUUCAUAAAUUCAGCAGAAUCAUUCGAUUCAGUUUUCUUAUAUGCAAUGAGCUAUUGGAUGAA